AUGACAGCGCCAGCAAUAACUCAUAUCCAGUGCUGGGACGGUAAUACUGAUUUGGAAAAUUUAAAACGAUGUAUAAAACAUGGGCAUCCUGUUCUGGUACUUAUGCGAGGCGUCCCGGGUUCAGGAAAGUCUUAUCUGGCGAAAGAGCUAGUCGCUAACUCUCCAGGAGUCAUUUUGUCGGCUGAUGAUUUCUUUAUGGAGAAUGGGGUUUACAAAUUUGACCAGUCACGGCUUCAAGAAAUCCAUAGAAGAGUUUUAAACAAAGUUUGGGCUCGUACUUGUAAAAUUAUAGAAAUGUUUUUUUUGCAAACAUUUCAACAAGAGGACCUACAGAUUUGUUCAUUUAUAGCAAAAGCAGCAUUAGCAAAUAAUGUGAAACCUAUCAUCAUCGACAAUACGAACAUUUUUGUGGCUCAUAUGAAACCGUAUGUCACUCAGGGUCUGAGACAUCAGUAUGAGAUUUAUUUCGUAGAGCCAACUACAGAAUGGAAGAAUAAGCCGCAGUUAUGUGCGAAAGCAAAUAGCCACGGAAUUCCGGCGGAGAAAAUUUCUAUUUUAUUAAAUUCUUUCGAACCUAUUUCUCUUGCUGCCGCAAUAAAACCAGCUCAAUUAAAACUAAUGCCUCCCGAUGCUGUAGAUUUGGAAGAAGAUAAUUGUACAAGGAAACUGGAACAGCUUUCCAUCUCUAUAACCCACGAUGCUAGCAUCGUGAGGGAUGGUAGCAAAGUACGCGAAAGAGUUGUCGGACAUGAGAUGAAGAGCGCAUUAGGAGAGAAGAAAAUUGUUGAAGGUUGUGGUUUCCAAGCUAGCAAUGCCUGCGGGGGUUUCGAAGGAUCAUGUUCUGCUUCCUCAGAUCUGAAUAAUGCGCAGCUGUUUUCGCUUCUCCCAGAUUCACAGAUUCAAGCGCUGGCACACCAAUCGACUGGUACGCAGACAAACGAUAUCAUAAGGACAUUGUUUUUGAGAGGGGUUAUGGCGGUCGACACACUUUUAGCAGCCGUUAUGACACGAUCUGAGGUUUUCUUAGUGAUGCGUCCGAGAAGUACACGUGGCUUAGAAGUUAAAGAACGGGGUUCUCAAACAGCAGCUAGUCCAUUACCAACAGAAUUGGAUAUUUUGUUAUCGAUGUUUCCUUUGGAAGCUCCGGCUGAUUUACUCCAUUUAUUAGAGACCUGUGGUUUUGAGAAUGCCGUUGGAAUUAACUUUGAAAUGCAUUCACAUUUUGACCUAUUUGCUAAUGCAGUGGAGGAAUCUGUUUCUGAAGAAAUGCUCCAACUUUCAAAUAGUGUGAACGUGGCAGAUGAUAGCGUCAAUGAAGAUCAUAUGAAUAUGACUCAGCAAACGACAGGUUUUCAUGAAGGUUCUGAUGGACCAGUGUUACAUAGGGAAUUAAUGCCUUCUUCGUUCAAGCAGCAAUGUCUGCCUGAGCCGGUUAAAGACGGGCACCAGAGAAUGGAGCUUUCGCUGGAUAUGAUUCAGAAGCUCUCAGACCUUUUUGAAUUUGAACUGUCAUUUGGUGCGGGUAUUUCUGAGUUAGCAUGUUACAGAGUGGUCAUUGGUUCUGUUCCCAGCGAAGAUCAAGAUGCUGAUGGAAGAAGCUUUGUGAGGUCAACUUACGUCGAUUUACCUCUAUGGUUUUGCCGACAGUUAUAUGGAUUUUGGCAAGGAUUACCUGUUAAGAACGCUUGUGAAGGCGAGGGGUUUAAAUGUAGCGAUUUUGAUUUGGCAUUUCCAUCUGUGUAUCCGACAGGUGUCUCACAAGCUGUUAAUGAUAACGAGAUUGUUUCAAGUCUUAAAUGCAUAAACUUAAAUUUAGAUAACAAAGAAUAUGGCAAGGUACCUCUUGCGAAGCUUACAACGGCUCAGAAGUUACAGUUGAAUCACCUUUGUGAAACCUACCCAACUAUUGCCCGAGAUCGGAUUGAAGAAUGUUAUCGUGACACAAAUUUCUCUAUGGAAGCAGUUAAAUAUACACUAAAUAUGUUUUUGGGUGAAGAAGACGUCCCAGACAACAAGUCGGCAAGGACUGUCUAUGAAUUCGAAACGACUAACCAGCCAAGCUUGGAAUAUGCGCAAUCCGAAGCUGAUAGGAUUCAAAAUGAGAUUGAUUACUGCGUUCAGCAGAGGAAUGUGCUUUUUAAGAAAGCUGAAGAUUCAAAAGUUGUGGGGGCAAAACAGUUGUAUUUAUCAGAUGCACAACAUUACGACAGACGUAUGAAGUGUUUGAUAAAAGAAAAAAAUGAAAUAAUUUCCCGAGCAAACAGCUCCAGGAACUUUGUUGACCUUCAUCAUAUGAGUGUUCAAGCUGCCAUAAAGUUGUUGAAAGAGAAGCUAAACUGUUUAGAUAGGCCCCCUAAUUUGAGGAACGGUCGUUCAGAUAGAAAGCUGACGGUUAUCACUGGAUAUGGAAAAUCAUCGGUCGGACCAAUUAAGUUGAAACCGGCUGUUUUACAGUGGUUGAAGCAGUUUCAUUACGACUGUUUUCAUUUGUUUGAGAAAAGAAUCAGCUCAAAGUCUGAAGAAUUUGAAGACGGCGUAAUGGUACUAUUUUACAGCUUUUACCUCAAUAACCCUGGUGAGAUUGUUGUUACUGCUAAAUGA